AUUGGCUUCUUCUUCAUCGUCGUCAUCUUGUCCAAAAUGAUGUGAACCUGUACUGAACAAGGAAUCCGAGUCUGAUUCGUUAAUGGUAAAUGUCGUGUCUAGGGCUGCUCCUCCAUCGUAGAUUGCGUUGUUGUUGGGAUUUAUUGGUGGCAUCUUUUUUUUAUUUUCUUUAGUUUUACUCCAUGGUCGAAGGAAAGAAUGAGAGGGAAACCAGAAAAAAAGUGCCUUUUACAGAAAAAAGACGGAGUACUAAAAAAAAACUCUGUCCAUCAUAUUAAUUUUUACCAUUUUCUCUCUCUUUUAGUCUUACAUUUUCAAAUGGAGAAACCAGCAUUGACAACAGUGGAAGGAUUAAGAAUCGCACUAGAGGAAUUAGGACUUUGUACAAAGGGGCAUAAACCCGAAUUAAAACAACGAUUCCGAAAGGCAAUGAAGAAACAAAAGGACUCUGUAGCUACACCGGCAGCUAUAAAAGAAGUCGUGCAACCCUUUGACUACUAUUUGUUUUUUGACGUGGAAGCAACAUGCAUUGAGGGAGGAGGGUUUACAUAUGCAAAUGAAAUUAUCGAAUUUCCAGUGAUUCUUGUGGACGGGAAGACCUUUGACAUUAUUGAUGAAUUUAGAUCGUAUGUCAAACCAACCAUCAAUCCAACAUUAUCUGAUUUCUGCACAAAUCUGACAGGAAUCACCCAAUCCACUGUAGAUCAAAGCCCAACCUUUGUCGAAGUACUAAACGAUUUCCAAGAGUUUUUAUCUAAAUACGAUUUAUUUCAAACUUCUACAGCGGCAUUUGUGACGGAUGGUCCAUUCGAUAUUCGUGAUUUUAUCACCAAACAAUGCAAACAUAGUAAGAUAAAACGGAGACCCGCCUAUUUUGAUAUACCUUGGGUCGAUAUACGCAAGUUAUUCAGAGAGUUUUACCACCAGAAAGAGAACAAGAAUAUCAAUAAUAUGCUUUCGCAUUUAAAAAUGGAAUUCCAAGGAAGAGAGCAUUCAGGUCUAGAUGAUGCACGAAAUCUAGCUGCUAUUGGGAAAAAAAUGCAUGAACAAGGUUGUCUCUUCAAAACAAAUUGCAGAUAUGAUCCUAAGAGACAUAAUGUUGGAAGGAGACAAAGAAGAUGAUUUAAUUCGGCAGAUCCUUGUACCGAGCGCUAAAGAAUAUUUUUUUUUUUUGCGGGAAGAAUAAAAUUAUAAUUCGCCUCUUUUGACAGUCAACCUCUCUCUCUCCUUCUCUCUAUUAAAAUGGGUUGGACUUUUGCAGAUAGCUCAAUUGUAGCUGGUUAUAUUUCUAUUUUGUUUUGGCUCAUUGUCUUUAUACCACAAUUACUGGAGAACUACAAGCGAAAAAAUGGCGAUGGACUCUCACUUUCGUUCCUAUUUAUUUGGCUCGCAGGAGACAUAUUUAAUUUGGCAGCAAUUAUUAUGGAAAGGCUCAUGUUAACCAUGUUUCUAUUGGCCCUG